GUUGCCACCGAAGAGCCGUGCCUGGUCUGCUCGUGCACCCCGCCACACCACACCUCACCACAUGCCUCGCUGGUGUGCCACUUGAGGGUGUGUCCCGCGGUGCCUAACUUGGUGCCCCGCGGCUGCUACAAGCUACAGAAGGCGGGAAGAUGUUGUCCUGAGGUGGUUUGCGACGGUGAGUUAGGGAGCAACAAACUCUAUAGGGAGGAGGCUAAGACAGGGCUGGCGGCGGCGGAUCUCAGGCGCCAGCAGGUGGAGAUCCAAGCGGCCAUGGAGGAGGCGGUGAAGGCGGUGGAAGGGACGAGGCGCCGCUGGGGGGACGUGGAAGGGGGGACGUCUAGUACUACCUCCUCCUCCACUACGACUGUCUCCACCACCUCCACCUCCGACUCCACUUUUAUCUAUCCGCCCGCUGCUAAAGGGUGUCUGCAGGACGGGGCGAUGUUUGCUGAAGGGUCGGCCAUGAUGUCCCCUGACGAGUGUUCCUACUGCUUCUGCAUCCACGGCAGUAGGCAGUGCGUGGCCCCCAAGUGCCUCCUGCCCGUGGAAGGAUGCCGCCCCCGCUACCGAACCUUCUCCUGUUGCCCCUCCUUCUAUGACUGUCGUGAGUAAGGGGAGGGAGCAAGGACAAGGAAGAAGAGAUAAGGAAAGGAGACCGAGGAAAACUGAAGGAGAGAUAAGAAAAGGGGAUGUAGGAAAAGGGGAAAAGAUAUAAAAAGUGAGAGAAAAGUGGGGCCUGACUUAGAAGGAGGGGAGAAGGAAGGAUAGAAGAUAGGACUGAAUGGAAGAGAGAAAGGAAAGAAAGGAAGUAAGGAAGAAGAAAAAUGAGAAAAAGAAAUGGGAGAGAGGUAAGUGGGAUGUGAUCGUGAGUAGGGGAGAAGGGAGGUUAGAAAGAAAGGAAGACAGGAAUGAAAGGAAAGAAGAAAGGAACCUAAGCAAUGAAGAAAAGAUGAAUGAGAAAUUACUAUAUAAAGUCGUCCUCUGCUGCGCCUUCUUCUGUAACUA